AAAUAACUACGGUCCAAACCAAUAUAAGCCCGACACUGGCCUUGUACUGGUCAAUUGAAGAGAACCGCGAAAAUGGUCACCCACCAUAUCAUUGUCGUAUCCUACCGCCAUACUCUUAACGGCCACAUCCUCGAACUCGAUGGCUUCUUGCUUCAUAUGAAGAAAGCCAAACAGAAACUCGGAAGGAGAUGGGUUCAAGCUCAACGCUGUUGCUGCCAUUAACGCCUCCCUCCGCCACUCCAGCCUUCUCUAAAUCACGCCCCCGCUCAUCCCCUCCUCCUAUACUCAACACCUCUUCUCCAAAGCCUUCUUCACACCUUCAAUUGCACAAGACUUACAUUCCUCCUCAUGUCUUCACUCACCCCGCGGCUCUCCUACUGGAAAUGUGCUCAGAUAUGAAAGAAGUCAAUCAAAUCCUCCCCCUCAUUAUAAAGAACGGGUUAUACAAUGAACACUUGUUCCAAACUAAGCUCAUUAGUUUGUUCUCCAAAUUCGGUCGCUUCCGCGAGGCCGCCCUCGUUUUCGAGCCCAUCAAAGAUAAAAUCGAUCCUCUAUAUCACACGCUCCUCAAGGGGCAUGCUAAGAAUUCAUCCCUGGAAGACGCCGUAUCGUUCUUUUGUAGAAUGAAGUACGAUGACGUCCGACCCGUUGUCUAUAACUUCACGUACUUAUUGAAAGGUUGUGGUGAUAAUUCGGACCUGAGGAGGGGGAAGGAGAUUCAUGCUCAAUUGAUCUCUAAUGGGUUCAGCUCGAAUGUCUUUGCAAUGACAGCCGUCGUUAAUAUGUAUGCAAAGUGUCGUCAGAUUGGUGAAGCGUGUAAGAUGUUUGAUCGGAUGCCUCAAAGGGACUUGGUUGCUUGGAAUGCAAUUAUUGCUGGGUAUGCUCAAAACAAUUGUGCCAGGAGAGCGUUGGAGUUGGUUGUGCAAAUGCAACAGGAAGGCCAGCGGCCGGAUUCCAUCACAAUUGUGUCCAUUUUGCCGGCCUGUGCAGAUAUUGGGUCAUUGAGGAUUGGUAAGGCGGUUCAUGGAUAUGUUAUUAGGGCAGGAUUCCAAUCAUUGGUGAACAUUUCAACUGCUCUUGUUGAUAUGUACUCCAAGUGUGGGUCAGUAAAGACUGCUCGGUUAAUUUAUGAUGGGAUGCAUAUAAGGAAUGUGGUAUCAUGGAAUUCAAUGAUUGAUGGCUAUGCCCAGAAUGGAGAUUCUGAGGAAGCAAUGGAAAUUUUCCAGAAGAUGAUGGAUGAAGGUGUGGAACCCACGGAUGUCACUAUCAUGGCAGCUCUACAUGCAUGUGCUGACUUGGGUGAUCUUCAACGGGGAAGUUACAUUCAUGAAUUAUUGAAUCAAAAUGGACUUGGUUCUGAUGUUUCUGUCGUGAACUCCUUAAUUUCUAUGUAUUCCAAGUGUAAACAAGUUGAUGUUGCUGCAAAGAUCUUCCAUAACCUGCAGGGAAAAAAUCUUGUUUCAUGGAAUGCCAUGAUAUCUGGUUAUGCACAGAAUGGCCGGGUAAAUGAGGCUCUGAGUUACUUUUGUAAGAUGCAGCAGGAGAAUGUGAAACCAGACUCUUUCACCAUGGUGAGUGUUAUUCCCGCCAUUGCAGAUUUGUCCAUUUUGCGCCAGGCAAGGUGGAUUCAUGGACUCACUAUUAGAUCUUGUUUGGACACAAACGUGUUUGUGAUGACUGCUCUGGUGGACAUGUAUGCAAAAUGUGGUGGUGUUCACACUGCAAGGAAACUCUUUGACAUGAUGGAUGAGCGACAUGUAACAACAUGGAAUGCAAUGAUAGAUGGAUAUGGGACACACGGGUUAGGAAAACAUGCAGUUCAACUAUUCGAGGAGAUGAGAACAGGGGUUGUGAGGCCAAAUGGAGUAACUUUUCUAUGCAUUCUCUCAGCUUGUAGUCACUCUGGCUUGGUGGAAGAUGGGCGUCGUUACUUUACUGUGAUGAAACAUGAUUAUGAAAUAGAGCCUGGGACUGAUCACUAUGCAACCAUGGUGGACCUUCUUGGCCGUGCUGGCCAUCUUGAUGAGGCUUGGGACUUCAUCCAAAAGAUGCCUAUAGAACCAGAGAUUAGUGUAUUUGGUGCCAUGUUGGGAGCCUGUAAGAUUCACAAAAAUGUUGAGUUGGGGGAGAAAGCAGCAAAGAGGCUGUUUGAGCUAGAGCCUAAAGAAGGUGGAUACCAUGUUCUGUUGUCUAAUAUAUAUGCCACAGCUUCCAUGUGGGAUGAUGUAGCCAAGGUGAGAACUAUGAUGGAGAGGAGAGGGCUUCAGAAGACCCCAGGAUGCAGUAUGGUUGAGUUGGGAAAUGAAGUCCACACAUUCUACUCUGGAAGCUCAAACCACCCACAAUCCAAGAGGAUAUAUGCAGCACUUGAAGUUUUAGGAGAUGAGAUCAAAGCUGCUGGUUAUGUACCUGAUACUAAUUCAAUACAUGAUGUUGAGGAUGAUGUCCAGGAACAGCUGCUAAACAGUCAUAGUGAAAAGCUGGCCAUUGCCUUUGCGCUUAUAAAUACUAGCCCAGGCACCACCAUUCACAUCAGGAAAAACCUUCGUGUAUGUGGUGACUGUCAUAAUGCAACAAAGUACAUCUCACAUGUAACCGGGCGGGAGAUUAUUGUGAGGGACAUGCACCGCUUCCACCUUUUCAAGAAUGGAACCUGUUCUUGUGCAGAUUAUUGGUAACAUAUUCUUUACUAGAACUUGGGUGAGAGAAAUUAUCUGCUUCUGUUGACUUCCUGGAGUGGUUUCCUUUGGCUGUAUAAACUAUAAACAUGACACAUCUAUUCGAGAUGCAAGGAGCUUUGGAACCUUUACAACAACACAUGAUAGGAUUGCCAUAUCCAAAUACAUUGAUGCCAAAGUCUGGGUUAACAGAGUUGAUUGGUGGUUUUGAAGUCCAUCAAGCAAUAUCAAUCCAUUGUAGCAUUAACCAACUUACUAAAUGUUAUUCAUCAUUUUUUUUUGGGGUUUGUUGUAUUAAAAUUAUUCAAUAAGUAUUUCAAUUUAUUAUUCCAAUUUGUUAAA